ACUUCGCUCAGAGUUAGCUGUUCAUUGUGAACAGCAGGACUAAAGCCACAGCAGUGUAGAACAGUGUGAGCCACAGCCGGGCUGCUGGAGAUCAGAGGCAGGUUUACCAAAAUCUGGACUGGACUGCCGAUCCAUCCGAGCAGAGAAGACAAGGCCCCACAGCUGCUGACCUGAGCGACCUGAAGAUGUUGGCUCUGAGGACGUUCCUGCUGCUGGGACUGAGCUGGACAUGUCAAGCCCAUUGUCCUACUCCAUCACAUUCCUCAUCGCCACGGUGACGACCUUCGACCUUUAUCAAUGCCCGGCCCACUCCAUUUCCUGUUGCUAUUCGCUUCUCCUGGAAACUUCCUGUUUAUGUCGGCCACAUUUCCUGCUCCCUUUAACGCUGGGUCUGGUGAUCCGUGGGGCCAGUGUCCAGUCAACAGAAAGUGCAAGGACAAGUUUGGAGACGGAUCAUGUGACAGAGAGUGUAUGGAGCCAGAGUGUCUCAGAGACGGCUUCGACUGCCUGAAGGACAGGGGCCACUGCAAUCCGGGCCACAUCCAGUACUGCCGUGAUCACUACGCCAACUCCCACUGCGAGCAGGGAUGUGACAGCGCCCCCUGUGGAUGGGACGGCAGCGACUGCUUCACACACCAGAGCUCCAUGUGGGCUAAAGGCACCCUGGUCCUCCACACUAAAAACCCACUGCAACAUGGCACCUUUUCCAACAGCUCCCUGCUGUGGGCGCUCAGUGUUCUCCUCCAUUCGCCACUCAAACUGAGAGGCUCCGCCCCCCUCGCCACUAACAGGAAAUUGUUUGACCUUGACCCUCAGCAGCUCGCCAACCUGCUGACUCAGGCAUCACCGGCUGAAUCAGAUGGCUCCGUCCUUUUCCUCCAAGUGGACAACAGGCCAUGCUCCCGACUGCCCUCUACCUGUUUCCCCUACGCCACCGAGGCAGCCAGUUUCCUUCGUGCCGUAAUGUUGCUGAGGCCCGCCUCGUUCCCCACCCUGCCGGAGCUUGCGGUCAUCAUCGGUAUUAGAGGUGUCCGAGAGGAAAUAGGAAGCAGAGAGGAGGAAACUGUGAUAAAGGAAGUCAAAGAGUCGACCCCUGCGUGGCUAUGGGCUGUGAUUGCCGUAGCGAUCGGCCUGCUGCUGGUGCUGGCCCUGGUGGUGGUGCUGGUGGUGAGGAGGGUGAGGCUGCAGCGGGCGGAGAGGGAAGGAGGUAACAGGGUGAGACACCGGUCCACAGUCACAGACAAUGACGCCAAAUCCAAGGCCUUGGCACCGCACGCCGCCCACCAAGAGCAGAGGGUCAGAUCCAGCAGAGAGAAAGAGAAGAUCAGCUUGAGGAAAAAGAAGAAAGCGAAGGAAGCAGAGAAGAAGAGGAGGAGGGAACCUCUGGGGGAGGAUGCCAUUCGAAUGAGACCUCUCAAAAGGGACCAGGAUAUAGGAAGUGACACAGACUUUACCCAGAGUUCAAUGGAAGACAUCAGCGCGAGAUGCUCCAGGCGACAGGAGGAUGCUUCCAUCUGUGACCACAGGAGCCAGGAGCAGAAACACUACCGGCCUGGAUCCUCGCAGCCCCGCAGACCGAUCCAACCUCCACCUAGAGGAUGGGAGAGAAACGCCAUGCCUCCUCCCCUGCUCAGUCCUCCUCAGCAGUCAGCAGAGUGGUGUGGUCCGGAUGGGUCUGUGGUCCUGAUCCGAGCGGUGCGAAGCGGACUGGACAGAGUGGUCUUGGAGCUUCUGCGAGCAGGAGUGCCCGUCAACAAUACUGAUCAUACUGGGAGAUCAGCCCUGCACUGGGCAUGCUCAGUAAACCACCUCUCCCUAACAAGGACCCUCAUUCGCUAUGGGGCUGCUGUGGACCUGCAAGACAACAAGGGUGAGACAGCGCUCUUCCUCUCCGCCCUCCAUGGUUGCUAUGAUACAGCCAGACUCCUCCUCCUUCAUGGCGCCAACCUCGAGCUGCACGAUCGGAGAGGACGUCGUCCGAUCGACAUGGCCAGAGAGGGCAUGCAUCACCAGGUGCUUGAACUCCUCUUGGCUCACCAGAUUCAGAGAGGGCCCGUCCCCGUCGACUCGGCCAAUGACAUGCUGUGGGAGGAGCGCGCUCUGAUGUACUCGCCAUGGGUCGGAUCACAAGGCCUGCCUGGAAGAAGUGCCUCCUUCUCUGGGAUCAUAGGGCACCGAGAUAUGACCCCACCUCCGCAAAACGAUUGGUCGAUGAGCCGAGUGCAGUACCCCUCCCCUCAGAACUGGCGACCACAGCUCAACCAAUCAGCAACAGCGCUGGUCCCUCCAAGAAUCAUGGGCCGCUCACCUCGGCCAAUCAGCACCUUACAAGAGGUGACCUCAGAAGACGAGGAUCGCGACAGGCACCACGAGGCCCCCAGAGCUGCAACACCUCACUUCCUCUCCCCCCAGCCUGCCCCUCGUCAGCGUUCCUUUUCUUGCACCCAGCAUGCAUUGCAGCGUCACUCCAGUGCCCACCAGCCAGAGCCCAAUUAUAUUAUUGUGACAGACAGAACAGCCAACGAGCCCAUAGAAAGAGUGGUUGUUUCACCUCCCACAGAUGUUGCCACCCAAUCAGAUCGCCAGCCAGUCGUGAACGGUGACAGUCCCAGUAGAGCAGAACAAGCAGCGGUGAGUUCAACAAAUUCAGAGCACAAAACCAGAGGUGAGAGGUCAAACAACACCACUGACUCCACACAAACAGCCUUGUAGAGAACAGAAAAAAACAGCUUUUGGUCCAGUCAGCCAAGAACAUGUGAGUAAGAUGAUGACUUACAAUGACGCUGUACUGACAGAGAGGAGCUGAGUUUGAGUUCAGCAGUAGGUGUAUUUUGUUGUUAAGCCCAGUGCAAAACAGAAGGCUUUCAGGAGGCACAAAGCUGGAGGGGGUCCAGCCUUGAUUUACUGUAAGUUUGGGACCUUAAUUAUUAUCCAGUAUGCAUCUGGUGGGUGCCACCUGACAGAUUUGCUUCUCAGAUUCCAGUCAAAUUAAUACACAGCAGCACUUGUUCCUUCCCAAAUCACCUCCCCAGUUUUCACUCAGCUUUGCCUAAAUUAUUAUAUUUUUUAUGGAGGGAUAUAUAAAUCCGUGACAUGGCACAGUCACAUAGGUAACAUAACAAAAUAAAUGAGAUGAUGACCAGUCAAACAUGUGCUGAAUAUCACCAUCAAACUGCAACAUCUUGUGGAUCUUGUUUGGAGACACUGUAAUAUAUUCACAUUGUUGUAGUUUUCUAAUUAUUGCAGAAACAAUCAAGGAGAAAUUAUCACAAAAAAAGCCGUGCAUGGUUGCAGAAUCCUGUUGAUGCAUCCAAUAAAGUGACUCUUCAUGCAAAUAAUAUGGAUUUUAUUUAAUUUUUUCAAAUUCACUUCCAUUUCUUUUGCAAUUUCUUUUUUCAUCUUUUUGAACAAAACCAAUUACAAAUACUGCCAAAAU